CCGAGCCGCGCGCGCGAGAAAAACUUACAUAGAGCCGCACCAUACGCGGUAACGCGCACAAUGAGAGAGAGAGAUAGACAUCACAUGAAUGGCAUAUGCGUUUUCGCAACACGACACUCCUCACCCUCGCCCUACCGCUGCGAAUGGUGCUUCGCUGGGACGAGGCCAGGACUACCGACCCAUCACCAUCUGAUUCUGUUUUUGAUACGCUUCUUUUGAAGCCGGUGCAAGGCGCUGGGGCGUUUAAUUUGGGCAUGCUUGUGGGAGCGGGGCGGCAUUGCGGCAUGUAUGCUAGGAGGAGCGAUGCAUGGAUGGGUCGAGCAGAGCAGCGUAUUCCAUUCUCGCCCUUUUUGUUGCCCACAUCGCUAUCCUUCUCCUCUCAGCCGCAUCAUCAUGUCCGGUCCGACUUUUGGAGUAGCGGCAAAGCUACUUUCCCCGCUAAAGAGAUACCUCAGCUGAUGUAUAUGCACAGUCGCGCCUAGACUGGCGGCAAGUUCCAGCCCAAAAGUAGUCCCAAAAGGUUAAUUCAGGCGCAAUCCUUCUAACCUCCAUC